AUGUGGUGGCCGGUUGUGCUAUUCCUGUGGUGGGCCGAGUCCGGUUCCGGUGUGCGUGGCACGACGCAGAUACGGUUCCCGUACAGCAGCACCAACUUUAGCCUCAGUCUGUACAAGGCAGCGUUCCGGGCAGAGCAGAAUGUGGUCGUUGCUCCAUUCACGUUGCAGAACAGCAUCGCCAUGCUGUACUCCAUCGCAACCGGGACAACGCGCGAUCGGCUGCGCGAAGUGUUCGGUUUGUCGUCCAAUUUCACUGAGUUUAUCAUCAAACAGAAACUGUUGCACUACACGCUGAGCGAUGUUGGCGGUUCGGAGGGCUUCCGCUUGAAGAACCGCAUAAUUGUGAAUGGAUUCCGCGAGGUGGACGCCAGGAUGCGCACCAUCAUGCACGAGGAUCUCGACACGGUGCUCAUGUACUUUGACUUUGCCCAGCGUGAAGGCGUCGUGCGGAGAGCGAACCACUUUCUCAGUAUGCGCACGAACGGGCUCAUCCGGGACACGCUGUUCCUUGGUGAUGUGCCGCGACAUUUGCAGCUAAUCCAGCUAAGCACCGGAUCGUUUCGGCCACCGUUUGCGAGCGGGUUCGAUGCGAGGGACACGAUCGCGCGAGACUUUCGAACCGGAUGGAUUGAGAAGCUCUACCAGACGACCACAAUGUUCAAGGAGGGCGAUUUCCGCUUCGCCCGUAUCCCAGAGCUAGAGAUUGAGGUGCUGGAGUUGCCGUUCCAUACGCGUAGUGAUUCGGUGCUGUGGAUAAUGCUGCCCGACCGGGAUGCCGAGCUGGAGCGCAUCGUGAAAGCGCUGGAGCCGGAACAUUUUGACGCGAUCUACGCGCACUUUAGUAUGAAGCGAGCCAGCAUUGUGGUGCCCGUGUUCUCGAUCAAGACAGAGUUUAAUGCGACCGAGUUCCUGAGGAAUACGGUCGGGCUGGACGCGCUGUUUCGGAUGCGGGAGUUACGCUUCUUCGACGAUCACGAUUCCGCACUCGAUGGGGUGAUGCAUCGGGCGGCUAUUUCCGUUCAUGAGCAGUCAGCCGAGGCCGGUGGUGUCGCGACGGUGCACAGCUUCAGUAAACGGAGCGCUCCAACGACCUCGUACCAAUUCUACGUCGGUCGAUCGUUUCUGUUUGCGCUCUUAAAGAAAUCAACCAAACAGCUUCUUUUCAUAGGCCACCUUUAUAGGCCACACGAUCUAGUGGAGGUGUGA